AGCAACCAAGGCUCGCCUGGUCGGUCAGGCAGCAGCCAGGCUCUGCUUGGGACUGUUGAGGGCUCAUUUCCUCCCCCUGCCCCGGUGUGUAAGGGGAAUCUCCAGCAUCCGGCAAAGUAAUCGGGGGCAGGGAGGGCCUUGUGACGUAGAGCAGAGCCCAGAGGGGUCAGCGAGUGGGUGGGGAUGGGGUGCGACAACCCCAAGGGAUGCUGGCAGGAUGGGUUUGUACAAGUCCAAGCUGCCCCAGAUGGCCAGGCCGUUGAGGCCCCAGGAGAAGGGUAAUAUCGCGGGGGUAGCUGGGUUACUGGGGCGGGGGCGGGGGGGAAGGAGACUAGAGGGCAGAAGAGAGGUGCAGGUUCCCCGCCAUCCCGUGUGUACACCCCUCCCAGUCACGGCAGUAACAAAGCUGCACAUCUUCCCAGUCAUUCACUCACUGAGCCAUUUCGGAAAUAGUGUGCCUUCUGAGUUCUGGGCCCUCAAGGUUAAACCAGUUAUUUGUCUCCUUGGAGAUUACAAUGUAGCAGAAGAGACAGACUCAGAAAAAUGGAAUCUACACCCAAGGAGGCAACAGGGGAAGCACUGUGAGGCUCUGAUGGCAGAGGGAAAAGGGGUAAUUUCAACUGGGCACUGAGGGAUGCAUAGGAGUUGGCUAAGCAAAGGGGUAGGGAAGCAAGACACAAAAAUGAACCAUAAACCACUGACUGGACAUUCAUUUAUUCCCCAUCCACUACUAGAUGCCAGGAACCAUGACAAUUGGUGGGAACAUAGGGAUGGGUGAGACAAACGGCCCUUGCCCUCCUGGAGUACAGAGGCUGGCUAGGGACACAAAACCAAGUACAUGACAGGGAAAGACAUGACUGGGUUUCUAAGACAGAGAAGUCUCUUUAGACAGGCAUCAGGGAAGACCUGAUGAUUACGCUAUGACCAGAGGAAAUUGAGAUAGGCAGAGAUUUUCCUGGUGGAGGGAACAGCAAGGAGAAAUGAAUUUGGCAAGUUCAGGAACAAAUACAAGGACACUAGGCACAUAGCAUGGCACGAGUCUGAAGGCAUAGGUGAAUUCCUGCCCCUCUCUGAGCCUCAGUUUCCUCAAUUGUAAAAACGGAACGCUUCCCCAAGAUGCCGUGCACCCAGGGCCUUGCCUGUGUAGGCCCAGAUCCUCACUCCUGCAUGGCUGCACAGCACUCCUAGACGAACCACUGGGAACAGACAUGUGCCCCCAAGGCUCCCCUAUGCCAAAAGAGGCUAUGCCCCGAGAUCUGUGUCAUCCAAAGGCACACACUAGCUUGAGGACACAAGCCCAUCGGUGCCAGCUGGUCCCUGCAGGCACUCACCAUGUUGCUCCUCCUCCUCCUGGGCACCACAGACAUCCUCAAGUCUUCCUUGAUCAUCUUUGUGGUGGGUGGCCCAGGCUGUGGCAAAGAGACACAGUGCAAGAACAUGGCCACUAAGUAUGGCUUCUGCCAUGUGGGGCUGGGUCAGCUGCUGUGGCAGGAGGCCCAGAAAAGCACCCAUCGGGGCCGACAGAUCCGUGACAUGAUGCUGCAGGGACUUCUGGUACCCUCGGGCCUCAUCCUAGACAUGAUCAGCAAGAAUAUGUUGUCCCACCCAGAGAGCCGGGGCUUCCUCAUUGAUGGCUUUCCCCGGGAGCUGAAGCAGGCCAAGGAGUUUGAGCGCAUCGUGGGUCGGGCUCCCGACAUUGUCAUCGCGUUUGACUGUUCCAUGCAGACCAUGGUCCAGCGGGUGCUGCACCGGGGCCAGGUGGAGCACAGGGCAGAAGACUGUGAAGUGGUCAUGUUCCGUCACCUGGCAACCUAUUACACCUUGUGCGAGCCUGUCUUGACCUUCUACCAACAGAAGAAACUGCUGCGAAAUAUAUCGGCAGAAGAAGCUCCAGAGAACAUUUUUGCCAAGUGUUGCUCUGUCAUUGAAAGUCUGUGGUGAGCCAGGAGGGGCUGGGGGCUUGGGCUUGCCCCCAUCCCAGAGCCUGUACAGGACUCAAGAGGGGUGUGGCGCCUGAGACAUCUACCAGGGACCCAGGUAGCCAUGCCCUGAGCAAAUCCUCCCCCCCAGGCCCUUUCAGUGGGGGUAGGUAGGUACCCAUCAUAUCUGGUCAAGGGUGAGCUCCUGCUUGGUGUGGUCAGCCUGGCCAGUGGACCCAGGCCAUUACAUUUUGAUUAUGAAACCUGAUUUGUGUAUGUUAGUAUUCAACCAUAACCUCAGACCUGCCAGCUGUCCGCCUUGGGCCAGAUAGGUUGAGUGGUUCCUGGUGCCCUCUGCCAUCCAGGUGCCUCAGUGAGCAGUGGCACAAGCCAGAACUCCACCCCAGGCUCUGUCAGAACAGAUCAAAGCCAGGCCCAGGACAAGCUGGGCCACUCCUGUGAGACACAGGCACAGCCCAAGACCUUGUAGUGAUGGUUGCAUCCAUGGGAACACUCGUCCCUGGAGGGUGCUUUGGUCCCCAAGUUCCCAGAGGGAAAAACAGGGACAGAAGACUGCCCUGCUAGGACUCAGCCACUGUCCCCUUUCCAUAGGUGAAGGGCAGUCUUUGGGGACCAUACCCCACUCCCUUGGGUUAAACCUUGUUUCUCCUCAAACAUAACUGCAGUCGACAUGCAGUUUUUUCUUUUUAACAAAAAGCAGUUUAUUUAACAAAAAGAAAAAAAGGGAAGGGGAUAAGAAAGCACAGUGCACCUGCAAAAAACUAUUUUAUAUUUUGGUUUUCUUAAAAAAACACACAACACAAAGCUUGUAAUUUCCAAUCACCAUUUCCAUUUUUUUUUUUAAACAUCUAUA